GAAAGUAGACAAGUCAGAUUUCAACUGUACAACCAUCAGCUCUUUAGUUAACUACUGAGAAUAUUUUCCUCUAAAUAUGGAGAAGCCAUGUUUUAAGAUUUGAGGAUAAGGGCAGGCCGUCAGGGUGAGAGAUUAUCUGCGCGUGUGUGUUUGUGGCGUCACCAGGUGGAGAAACACUAAGCCACUUCCUGUUCUCAAACAAGUCGCUGCCAGCAAGUCGAAGCAUCACUCAGCUUUGAGCAGCCGCUGUAGGAGGCCGACAUAGCACUGUGCACCCCAGCGGAAGAGACCGGUGAAGGAGCGGUCGCCCACCAAAAAAUAAACCGGCUUUGGAGGGCUAGCAGCAUCUCCUGAGGCUAAGGAAGGCAGAGGAGCAGACUGUGGCACGGCUUCUUCGAGAACGGCCUCGACCACACUCAUCCAGGUUGGACCGAUGGACCCUCAGAGAGUGACAGGCCUGCUGGUCCUGUGUUCUGCAAUACCCUGGGCAGAGGCGAUGACCCCACUGUAUGACCCCAAGCUCUGCUACAUCCUGGAUGGCUUCCUCCUGUUCUAUGCACUCUUUGUCACUGGCCUGUUGCUCAGGGAGAAAUUCUUCAAGACCAAGGUACAGGGCAUGGUAGAGGAGAAAAAUGAAGGACUAUACACUGAUCUAAAUAUCCGGGACCGGGACGGUUAUGGAGAAAUAAAAAGAUUGGACCCGGAGCGCGGGCAACGUGUGAAUCGCAGGAAUACUGACGACACGUACACGCCCCUCCAGAGAGCCACAGAUGACACCUACAAGGAGAUCACCGUGACCGAACAGAAACGCCGCAGACACAAGAACGACCAGGUGUAUCAGGGUUUGAGUUCCGCUACCAAGGAUACGUACGACUCUCUGCAGAUGCAACCCCUGCCCCCCCCUCCUCGCUAACCAGGGUGAACUGGCAGUAACUCUCCCCUCCCCCUUUUUACCUGCAGUGAGUUCACUGUAACAGCAUUGUUCUAUUGUAACACUGCUGUUACGCAUAUUAACCUGUCCCUAUCGGACGCUUACUUAUUCAUCCACCAAUGUCUGGGUCGUUCCACGAAUUGAGUAGACUUUGUGUCCCUGUUUUAGAUUGUAUUUAACAAAAUUAAACAGUUAAAAGUAGGAGAAAAUAAAAUUGAUUAAGAAAAAACUGAAUAUUCAGUGUUGUGCCCUUUAAUAUAGGUGGCAUGGAAAAAAGUCAAAAAAGUGUGUUAUUUUUACAAAGGAUUAUUAUUUAUUAAUUGGGAUUAUAAAUUAAGUCAUAUUCCAGGUGCUGUGUAGUUUAGUGGGUAAAGCGUGGCAACAAGGGAGGCCAUUUUGAAGAUGUAUGCAUUCACUACUGUAAGUCGCUCUGGAUGGACGGGUAUGCUACAUUACUCAAAUGUCAAAUGUCUUAGGUAAACCCUAAAUUUUAAUAUGGUGAAAUUAUUCUUUUACAAAGACAGACAGAAAUUGAACAUCAAACCAUAGCGUAGAAGGAUGUGAACUCGUUCUAUUUGUUGGCCAUUUUAUGACAUAUUCUGGUGGAAAAAUGAGCUCAUCAAGGAUAACAUGUACACAGUCGCCCAUAGAUAUAGUCUUGAAAUAGUUUAUUAAUAAAGAACGUCUAAAGCUCUCUCCGUCACAAGGGGAUUUUAUUCUUUAUUAAAGAUGAAAACCUCAACUCUCUUUCGGCCAACUCUGUGAGCUUAAUGGCACUUAUUAAGGUUGUUUUGGUAACUCCAUGUGGCAAGCAUUUUUGUCUCAGGGCCAUGUCAGAAUUUUCUAUUGAAAUUUCAGGCAACACAUUUGUUUUGUCAUUUGUUAAUCAGGAAUUAUUUGCGGGCCAGAAAAGGGCAGUAAUUAAAACCUGUAUACAGUAUGUCCAUUGUAAUGUCUAAAUAAUUCCAGAUUUAACUGUACAGGAGUGGGUUGGUGAGUUAUUUUUUACUCAAUGUAUAGUUUUGAUUGUUUUCACCAAGUUACACUAUCCAGAAAAUUAUUCCAGGCUAAUCUACUUAUCUAGAAAUGUCCCUUGUGUAAAAAGUAUUUGGAUUUGUGUUUACACCUAUUAUAUUAUACACAUUUGUAAUCUUUAAGGAUUUUAAGUUGUGUAAACUGGACACUUUCAUGCCAGCAAACUUUGUAACUUUGUUCAUAUUGUUGCUGAUUAUUUCUGUCUUAGUCUCCACUAAUCACCAACACCCCAAGUCUGUAGCCUUGGACCUUGAAUCCAGUUCUACCCUCCUGACUGGUGGUUCCUCAUUGGCUACUGUGUCUGUAGUGUAAUUCAGUUACUCUAAAUAUGACCGUUUUUGUUUUGCAUGUAAUGUACAGUAUUGUGUUCCUCUUCUUCCCCUUCUUUACAAUAAAGCCAUUUCAUUAGGA